CGUCACCGCCCCGCGCCGCCGCCCCUCGGCGCUCCGUUCGGGCGCUUGCGCAGCCGGCGGCAGCAGCGCGGCCCGCGGCCUGCCGAGCCGGGCGGGAGCGGAGGCCGCAGCGCUAUGGCGCGGCCGCCCCGCGCGCUUCCGCCUCAGCUGCGGCCAGCGGCGGCGGCGGAGACGCUGCGGCGCGUGGCGCUGUUCCUGGAGCGCGCGCUGCCGCUGUGCCGCGCGCACACGGUGGAGUUCUACACGCGGGGGCUGUGGGAGCGCCUGGUGGCGCCGCGCCCUGCCGCCGUGCUGGAGGCGCUGCGCGCUGCCGGGCCGCUGACGGCGCCGCGCCCCCUCGCGGAGGCCUCCGGCCUUGCGGCGGCGCUGUGGGAUGAUGACAAGUUUUCCAGUGUGUUUUGUGAUGACUCUGAGAAGCUUAUCAACGUACAUUUGUUCACCCUGGCUGCUAAGUGUUAUUCUUUGUCCAGUCUUGGAGUGUGUACCCCUUUAGAAGAAAUGCUUGAAGCACUGAGAGGACACAAUCAAGGAAAACCAGGUAUCAAACCUGAUGAGUUUAUGAAUAAUAAGAAAUCACAUGAAGUGCAGGUAAUGUCAGAGCUGGUAGACAACAUGGCCAAUUACUGUGGCAUAAAACAGGUGAUAGAUAUAGGUUCUGGAAAAGGCUAUCUGAGUUCAUUUUUGUCCAUGCAGUAUAACUUACAAGUUUAUGGAAUUGACUCCUCGGACAGCAACACUAAUGGUGCUCAUGAAAGGAACAGGAAAUUGAAGAAACACUGGAAAGCAUAUCAGAGUCAAGGAAGAGCAAACCUCAGAACCCAGAGGUUGGAAAAGACAAACAACAGGCCAGUGGAGAGUGAAAUUAAAUGUAAAGCAAUCAAGGAAAAGCCCUUAAAUAGUCUUCAGAGUCAGGACCAAGAGACUAUCCAAGAUUUAGUUCCUUCUUGUGGUUUCACAGAAGCAGCUAUAUCUGAAGCUAACAAAGGAACUGAAGCUGAUUUAGUGGCUCAGCCACAAUCUGAUGAGAGCAGACUUUCUGAAGAGGUCCUCGCUAUUCUGAAUGUUCUGCCUGCUGAUGCUGUAGAGGCUUUUUCUUCACCUCAGUGUGGUUGUGAGGAACACAGAAAAAUGGCAUCUCUCGAGGCUAGAGCGCGCGAGUCAGAGGAGUCAAACCUGUAUCUCCCGCUGACCUCGCGCAUCACUGCAGCAACAGAAAUCAGUGACAUCGUAACAGAUAUGGAGGUUGUCUCACUGAUAUUUGAAGUCCACUCUCUUAUAUGUAGCCAUUUUCAUAUGCAGGACUGUGUGCUGGUGGGGCUACAUACGUGUGGGGAUCUUGCUGCAAAUACCCUACGAAUUUUUACUGCCACGCCUGAAAUCAAAGCAGUUUGCAGCGUAGGCUGCUGCUACCACCUCUUAUCAGAACAGUUUGAAAACCAAGCAGAAUAUCCAGAGGAAGUGUGGGGCUUUCCCAUGUGCCGAUACUUGAAGGACAAGGGCUGGUGCUGCGGUCGCAAUGCUAGAAUGUCAGCGUGCUUGGCCUUGGAGCGCGUUGCAGUUGGCCAAGUGCUGCCUACAGAAUCGUUGUUUUAUCGAGCUGUUCUUCAGGUUAUUAUAGAAGAAAUUUAUGGUGGCACCAAAAGCUCUGAGCCUAUUCCACAGUGUGAACCAAGGCAUGGGACAUGGGGGAAAUUGGAACAUGCGCUUCAGCAGUGUACUCCUGAUCUAAAAUAAGUGCUAAUGCAGUUACCUCUGAAUGUGCAGAGCCCUUCCUAAAAGAAGCCAUGUUUGUUUCAUUUUAAAUUACAUAAACUACCACACAUAAAAUCAUGCUGAAUCUUCUGCUAAAAGAAUAGAAGCUUUUUUCCUUUUAAAAAUGGCAUAAACACCCAUAAAAUCAUGGCUAUUAAAUUUUAAAGAGAAGAAGAAGUUAGAGAGGUGUUAAUUUUUUUUUGAUGGGAGCGUGCUUUGGAGGAAGCAACUAAGGUUAUACUUUUGAAAUAAAAGCAGUGGCUACCUUAGAAAGACUCCUCUCCCCCUCUCCUCCCACGUUUUAUUGCUGAGCAUGACGUUAAGUGGCAUGGAGUAUCUCCGUGAUCCAUUCAGGUCCGUUGUGUCGCCACGCUGACAUCUUGUGUACCGACAGCCUGCUCCCUGGGAGGCAGAGGGUGGAAUAGAGAAGGCUUUCAUGAUGUGCAAUCCCUGUUUGGCAACAGCUGUGUGUUACCAGCAGUACUUCAGUCACACAUCCAAACCACAGCACUACAUGGGCUGCUGCAAAGUUAGUUCCCUCCCAGCCAGAUCCAGACUAUCUUUCCCCAAGUAGCUGGUGUUGAGGAACCAGAUGCCCAUCUUCCAAAGGGUAAGCAUCGACUGAUUUGCAGACUGCAUCAGCCCAAGUC